AUUGCUUGAGGUUGAGAACGAGCAGCUCCAGGAUCAGCUUCGAGAGAUCCAAGAUGAGAACUGCAGACUGUACAAACUCAUGACAGAGAAAGAUUUUGAAAUAAAGCAACUCCAGAAAAAAAUACAGGAGAACAGAUUGGCUUUGUCAGGGGCAUCUGGUUUAGCUGGAGAUGUUGCAGCUACUAAAAUAGUUGAAUUGGCCAAAAGGAAUCGUGAAAUAACUGCCGAGACUGAGAGUGAAAAAGCCAAAGUGAAGCAACUGAAUAACAAAGUCAAAGAGCUGGAGAAAGAACUACAGAUAGCCGUGGAAAAAAUACAUUCUCUUGGAGGUGGUGAUGGAGGAAUCAAGCAAUCAACUCUGAAGAUGAUAGAAGGAAACUUGGCUGAAAGUCCAGAAAUGAAAGCAUUGCAAGAAAAAUUAACCACAGCCAACUUUAAAGUGAUGGAGUAUCGUAACCAACUCCAAUCUGCAAAACAGGAACUGAAGAUGACCCAAAAGCUUUUAGCAAAUGAAGUUGGUGAAGAUGUCAAUAUUCAAAGUCUCAUGGCCAAUUCUGGCAGCUGGCGUGGACGAGCCCAGCAGAUUCUUGUUCUCCAAAGCAAGGUUCGAGAGCUGGAGAAUCAGUUGGGUCAAAACAAGACCAGAACAUCACUGAGUGAGAUUGAUGAGGAAUUGCUGGCACUUACUGAUCCAAGGAAGUUGUCAGCCAGAGAGAAGAACUUGUUGAAGAUUCACAGCUUGGAAAAAGAAAAGAAAGAAACCUUGGAGAAACUCACUGGGGAACAUGAUGCUCUGCAAAAAAGUCACGAGGAAGUGAAAAAAAAACUUGAUGCAUCAAAAGCCAGGAACAAAGUUCUGUGCAGUGAAGUGAAAAACCUGAAGGGACAGAUCACAACCUUGCUGGAGAAAGGAAAACACGACGAUGAGCUCAUAGAUGCUUUACUGAGCCAACAGAAGCAAAUGCAGGAGAUCUUAAAGCACUUGAGCCAGAAGGAUGAGAAGAACAAGGAGUCCCACCAGAUGCUAGGGCAGCACUUGAACAAUGAUGUUCAGCAUAAAAACUGCCUUAUAGAGCAGCUCAGACAGAUGGUGGGUGAACGAGAAGCAAAGAUUAAAGAGCUGGAAAAGAAGAUGGAGCAACUCACACUUCAGAAGAAAUCUGCCCAUCAAGAAGAAGGUUCAGAAGCUGCUGAUACACCACUUUCCGAACACUCAGAAGAUCCAGGUUUUACCCUGCUUAAACCUCUGGCAUCAGACAGCAAUCAGGUUGGAAGGAUUGGAUCUGCUCG